GAAAUGUCAUGCGCUGCCUUCUACCAAAGAAGAAGAAACACAAAUUCUAAACUGUUGCUUACAACGUUUUCUAAGACCAUUUGUGAUCGAAAGAGAUGCCUAAAGUACGUCGUAGUCGGAAACCCCCGCCUGAAGGAUGGGAAUUGAUUGAACCAACGCUUGACGAACUGGAUCAGAAAAUGCGCGAAGCUGAGACAGAACCUCAUGAAGGAAAACGAAAAACGGAGUCCAUGUGGCCGAUAUUUAGAAUCCAUCACCAGAAGUCACGUUAUGUUUAUGAACUGUUCUACAGAAGGAAAGCAAUCAGUAGAGAGUUAUAUGAAUACUGUCUAAAAGAAGGAUAUGCUGACAAAAACCUGAUUGCAAAGUGGAAGAAGCAAGGUUAUGAAAACCUUUGCUGCCUUAGAUGUAUUCAAUGUAGAGAUACAAAUUUUGGUACAAACUGUAUCUGUCGUGUACCCAAAGCUAAACUGGAGGAGGGCAAGAUUGUGGAGUGUGUUAUAUGUGGAUGUCGUGGUUGUUCUGGUUGAUGCCAUGAGAGCAAGGCAGCAAUUUGGAUAUUUACAUUAUGGGAAGAUUUUGCAUGGAGGCUAUCAAAACUAUCAACACUUUCCUUUGGUUUAUUCCUGGAUCCCUGAACUGUAUAGAAUUACCUUCCGGAAGAUUUUUUAAUCUGUGCAUGGGAGGUUAAGAAACCAACGGAAAUGAAUGAAAUCAUGGGCCCAGCUGGUUUAUUUGUUUAUUUUAUUGCUUAUUA